AGAGACAAAGGGGAAAAAAUAAAAAGACUAAAAGAGAGACCGAGAGAAAAAAACUCUGGCUUUUUAAAGUUAUUACCUACAGAGACUUUAACAAUUAUGUGGAAUUUUUACAACUAUGAGAAUAAAUGGAACUGGUCAACUUUUAACAGUUGCCUCAAGAAUUCAGUGAAAUUACUUCGAGGGAACCCGGGGAGGAACACAGUCCCAACAAUGAAUAGACUGCCCGUCACCACCACCACCAGAUGACUUGCCAUUUCAUUUACUAAGAUGUCGUCUGCUGCGGACAAUGGAGAUGCAGCACCUGGCAAACAAAGCGAAGAGAAGACCUAUAAAAAGACUGCAUCAUCUGCUAUCAAAGGUGCUAUCCAGCUGGGAAUAGGGUACACGGUGGGCAACCUCACCUCCAAGCCGGACCGCGAUGUUCUCAUGCAAGACUUCUAUGUGGUGGAGAGUGUGUUCCUACCCAGUGAAGGGAGCAAUCUGACCCCAGCACACCACUACCCAGACUUCAGAUUUAAGACAUAUGCUCCACUAGCAUUCCGAUACUUCAGAGAGCUUUUUGGCAUCAAGCCUGAUGAUUACUUGUAUUCCCUCUGCAAUGAACCACUAAUAGAGCUGUCCAACCCUGGAGCCAGUGGGUCCUUGUUUUUUGUGACCAGUGACGAUGAAUUUAUCAUCAAAACAGUUCAGCAUAAAGAGGCCGAGUUCCUUCAGAAGCUGCUGCCAGGCUAUUACAUGAAUUUAAACCAGAAUCCAAGGACUCUUUUGCCAAAAUUUUAUGGACUGUACUGCAUGCAGUCAGGGGGCAUUAACAUCAGAAUCGUGGUGAUGAACAACGUCCUGCCACGCGCCAUGAAGAUGCACUUCACAUACGACCUGAAGGGUUCCACCUACAAGCGAAGAGCAUCCCGAAGAGAGAGAGAGAAAUCCAACCCCACAUUCAAGGACUUAGAUUUCCUGCAAGACAUGCACGAAGGGUUGUAUUUUGAUACAGAAACAUACAAUGCGCUCAUGAAAACGCUUCAGAGAGACUGCCGGGUGUUGGAAAGCUUCAAGAUUAUGGACUAUAGCCUUUUGCUGGGAAUCCACAUCUUAGACCAUUGCCUCAAAGAGAAAGAAGAGGAGCCCUCACAAAAUGUGCCUGAUGCCAAGCGGCCUGCGAUGCAGAAGGUUCUCUACUCAACAGCAAUGGAAUCUAUCCAGGGUCCAGGGAAAUCCGGGGACGGGAUGAUCACAGAGAACCCAGACACAAUGGGAGGCAUUCCAGCUAAAAGCCAUAGGGGAGAAAAGCUACUUUUAUUUAUGGGUAUUAUUGACAUUCUGCAAUCAUAUAGGCUAAUGAAGAAGUUAGAACAUUCCUGGAAAGCUCUUGUGUAUGACGGGGACACUGUUUCGGUUCACAGACCAAGCUUUUAUGCAGACAGAUUUCUAAAGUUUAUGAAUUCCAGAGUUUUCAAGAAACUUCAAGCUUUGAAGGCCUCGCCUUCUAAAAAACGGUGCAACUCCAUCGCCGCCCUGAAGGCCACCUCACAGGAGAUCGUGUCCUCAAUUAGCCAGGAAUGGAAGGAUGAGAAGCGCGAUUUGCUGACAGAAGGGCAGAGUUUCAGCAGCCUUGACGAAGAAGCGCUGGGGUCCCGCCACAGGCCAGACCUGGUGCCCAGCACGCCGUCCCUGUUUGAAGCCGCUUCCUUGACGACCACAAUUUCAUCUUCUUCCUUAUAUGUCGAUGAACAUUAUCCACACAACAGGACUACGCUUUAUUCAGACAGUAAAGGGUUACCUUCCAGUUCAACAUUUACCUCAGAAGAAGGGACCAUCUACUUGACUUCUGAGCCAAAUGCUCUGGAAAUGCAAGAUGAUAAUGCCUCCGUGCUCGAUGUUUAUUUAGGUUUGAGCCUUCACGGCCUCAACCAGAUGCUGAAUGUCAAAAAGCAGAAUGUCUGUUUGAUGAACUUGAGGACAACAGGAACUUUGGGCAACCCAGGCUCUCUGGAUGAGACCACCUAUGAAAGACUGGCUGAGGAGACCCUGGACUCCUUGGCAGAGUUUUUUGAAGACCUUGCAGACAAACCUUACACAUUGGAAGACUAUGACGUCUCCUUUGGGAGUGGUGUUUUAACAAUUAAACUGGGCGGAGAUCUAGGAACCUACGUGAUCAACAAGCAGACCCCAAACAAGCAAAUCUGGCUGUCUUCACCAUCCAGUGGACCCAAGCGCUACGACUGGACCGGGAAAAACUGGGUGUACUCCCACGACGGCAUGUCCCUCCAUGAGCUGCUGGCCACAGAGAUGACCAAAGCCUUAAAAACCAAACUGGACUUAUCUUCUCUGGCCUAUUCUGGAAAAGACACCUGAUGCCCAGCCCAGUUCUAAAAACAUUAGAUGCUCGAAAGCCACGACCCCAGCUUCCUUCUGCUGCUGAAUGUCUAGUUUGUUCCAUUCCUGCUUUUGAGGACAGUUGUAUUCUGGGUAACAGCUCUGGGAAAAGAAUAUGUCACCUCCCACCCUACCUCUGACUUUGAAUGUUUAAUUUCCUUAGUUUUUGGAUUUAUUGUCUGAUUUCCUCCCUCACGUGAUACCCCGUAUCUUUUUAAUACCUACAUGCCCAUACCUUCAUAUAUAACCUUGCAACAAGGAAAAAUAAUGAGGAAAAUCCUGAGAGGAGAAACGAAUGGGUUUCUCCAUUCAUCCUUUGAAGGACUUAGUGAAAACUGCAUGAAGAGUGGCUGGCCUAUCUCACCAUUCUGUCUCAAAGUGAGACUCACUGGAGAGUAGCCUAGAAAUGUUCCCACGCCUCUUGAAAACAUAAACACCUCUAAGCCUGUUGCUAUUGAAAUCUCAAAGGCAACUGGGGAAUUCUCAAAGGAAGACCAUUCUCUCUGUGCUUUGUGUCUGCCAGGGUGUAUUAGCCUGCAAGGGGUGACUCGGAGAUACGGUGCUGUUUCUCCCAUACGUACAUAUAUGUGUAUGUACACACACAUUUAAAUAUGUGCUCGUGGAUGUUGUGUAAUAAAUGAGGAAAGGGAGCUGAGGAGGCUCCUUGCAAAUUUUGAAGGGCCACACGAAUAGAAGAGACGUUUGUGUCAAUGCAAAUAACCCUGGUUUGCACUUGGCUCAGUCCAAAGUGUUGUCCAUCUCUGGGCAAGUUUAACACACUCACUGGACCUCUCUUUUCCCAUGUGUUAAAUGAGACAGUUGAACUGGAUAGAGUAUAGUGGAUUCCCAAUUCAGACACUCAGCAUUCCUGUCGGGCAACUUAACAGGCCAGCUUUAAUUACCUCUGGUAGACGAGGGAUGACAGGAACAAUUUUUUUAAGCUAUAGAGUAAAAUAUAUGGUUAUUAGAAUUACUUGAAUGUCCAUUGAAUUCAUGUUCAAAUAAUAACCAUCCUUUAUUGUGCCCUUACUGUGCUAAACCUAUGCUAUAGACU